GGCUCGGGGGAGAGCAAACCUCCCCCUAUCCUCUGGGAUAAACAUCCGGAGUACACACAGGCCUGUAUCGCAUACCUCAGUGCAAACCCAAAGUUCCGCAUCAAGAUAUUCAGUGACUCCACGAGUGAGGCCAAGAAGCAGAAGCGCCAGAGAGUUCAAUCACAUACAGCCAAGUCUAUCAUGUUUGCGGAGCUUGCAGAGGCAGUAUUC